AGAUGGCGGUGCCCCGAUGCUCGCUUUUCUGCCUUCUUGUUAUCUUUUAUGUUUCAAGUAUCUAUGGAUAUGAGCCAACUUGGGAGUCUUUAGACUCUCGGCCAAUACCUGAAUGGUAUGAUGAAGCCAAGCUUGGUAUUUUUAUUCACUGGGGAGUGUUUUCCGUCCCGAGCUUCGCUUCCGAAUGGUUUUGGUGGGACUGGAAAGGACAAUCAACGCCAGCAGUGGUUGAAUUCAUGGCCAAAAACUACCCUCCAGACUUCACCUACGCAGAUUUUGCCAAGCAGUUUACAGCUGAAUUUUUUAAUGCUGUCGAAUGGGCGCAGAUGUUUCAGAGUUCUGGAGCAAAGUACAUAGUGUUUGUGAGCAAGCACCAUGAAGGUUUCACAAACUGGCCAUCUGCUCACUCUUUCAACUGGAACUCAAUGCAGGUUGGACCACACAGGGAUAUUGUCGGUGAAUUGAUGAAUGCGACUCGGAGCAAUACUGACCUCAAAUUUGGUCUUUAUCAUUCACUGUUUGAGUGGUUCAACCCUUUGUAUCUCCAAGAUAAGAAGGCCAACUUCACAACUCAGAACUUUGUGAAGUUUAAGACCAUGCCGGAGCUGUACGAGCUUGUGAACAACUACGAGCCAGAGAUUGUGUGGUCUGAUGGCGCUCACGGACCAGUGGACUAUUGGCAGUCCAGGGAGUUUCUGGCUUGGCUCUACACGAACAGCACUGUGAAAGAUACUGUUGUGACAAAUGACCGUUGGGCCACUGGCACUCUGUGCCAUCAUGGCGGUUUUUACACCUGCUCUGACAGGUACAAUCCAGGCUUCUUGCAGAAGCACAAAUGGGAAAAUGCUAUGACGAUUGACAGAAAGUCUUGGGGAUUCCGCCGAACAGCCCGUUUGUCUGACUACCUGACAAUGGAGGAAAUUCUUCAAACAUUUGUGGAAACUGUUAGUUGUGGUGGUAAUAUGCUGAUGAACGUCGGGCCCCCUCACCAUGGACACAUCACACCUGUUUACGAAGAGAGGCUGCGCAAUAUGGGCAAGUGGCUCAAGGUCAAUGGAGAAGGCAUCUACAAGUCCAAGCCGUGGACAUAUCAGAAUGACACUCUUACUAAAGGCGUAUGGUACACAAAGAACAACAGCUCCGGCAGCACCACUGUCUACGCGUUUGUCUUCAACUGGCCCGGUGAGCUGCUGUCCCUCGGGCUACCUCUCGUCUCGGAGGUCUCCAAGAUCAACCUAGUGGGAGACUCGACUUUUUUGGACUACAAACCACGGAGUACCAAAGGGGUGGACAUCACCAUACCGUUAUAUUCUGUGAAUGAAUUGCCUUGCCAGUGGUUGUGGGCGUUCAAGAUCACAGCAGUGGAGAAUUGAAAUACCAAUGUUGUACUUUAUGCUGUGUAAAUUCCAUGGUAUGCUGUGGAGGAUUGAAAAGGUUGUUUUUUUUAGAAAGUGUACUGUUAAUACUUUUGCCCCCAUUUUGUAUACUCUAGUUGUUGCUUAUAAAGAACUCUGACUCUGAUGGAAUAAUUUUUUAAUUUAUCAUAAUUAUAAAUGAUGCAUUUUUCAUAACUCUUAUUCAUUUUGGAAAGAAGGCUGGAUAUUUACUUAACAAAUUUUGCUGUUUUACGAGUUUUUAUUGUCAUGCACAUGAAACAUUGAUUUGUUUCUUUUAUUUUAAUGUAGAUUUUGUGCCAGGAAUCUUUUUUUUUAUUCCUGUGCUAAUACUAAUAUGCAGCAGCUCUGUAGAUCCCAAGUAUUUUCUAUUUCUCUUACCAGACAUGCAAGAUCUGGCCUGCCCCAAGUGACAAUUUUUACAAGGUUUCACAAUGCUGAUUAUACAACAGCUAUAUGUUUUAAGGAUAUUCACUUGUUUAUGUUUUAUUCUCAUAUCAAUGGCACCUAAAAGUCUGUUUUACUGAUUUUUAUUCUACACUCACAAACACACAAAUACACACACACACAUGCAUAUUGACUGUUAGUUAAUCCCUUCAUUGGACAUUUUUCUCAAAGAAGAACUGUUAUAGUCAAUUUUGAAUUCAUAAUUUGACAUGCCUUUUUGAAAAUGUGAUAAGUUUGUUUCGUUUCAAAACAUUCUCCUAAGCUGUUCAUCACUUUUAAUAUGGCAAAGGAACCUGUGAUAUUUUUUUUUCCUUAUUGAUAUUACUAUUACAACCAUUCACCCUUUUAUGUGUUUUCCAAGGCCUUCAGGGAUUCCGCGAGGCUCAGAGAAUACGUUAGUAAUGUAGGAGCUGACUUGACCAGAAUAUUAAAACUGUAGCCGUUAGAAAUGUCAGUUUAUGCAAUGUGUAGUAAGUUUCACUCAUAAAAUACAGCCCCGGACACAUAGCAGAACCUAUUUACAAAUUAUUUUCCUUAUCAUUCUCUUCCACUCUGCCUAACAUUUAUGACUAGGUGAAAUGAGUGUACCAUUUUAGCUUAUAGUUAGUUAUAGUACUUGCCACAUUUCUAUUUUUACAAAACUAUUACAAGACUCUUCUUGGUCUAUAGAACACAAAUUUCUAAAUUAUUUUUGUGUAGACACAUUACAGUGGCCAACAUCUUUGUUAGUUGUGGGUUUUUUAAAAUGAAUUCACAGGAAAUCUCACUGCAUUGCAUGGGCAGUGAAUUCACGAUUAAGUACAAAGAAUGAAUCCUUAAAGAAAAUACUGCAAAAUUGGCUUUGAUUAUGUCACGUGCAACGUGCCUCUAUCCAGUGUUGUCAUUUUGUUUUGUGCCCACCACUUGAACUUAAAUUGUAAACAGGGAUUUACUUGUCUUAUGUGCUCAAUUAUUAUUGUGUUAUGUGCUUUUUUACCCUUGUGAUUAUGAGAUUGUACUCAAGUUUUUUAAAAGACUUAUUUUUACAUUUAUCGGGACUGAAUUUAUUUAUACAUAUCAGCUGAAUGAAGAUUUUUGCAAUUUUUACCUAAGGGUUUCAAUUCAUGUACAUUUUCAAACAUAACAAAAAUAUAUGUAUAGUUAUAGCUAAGCAGUUUAAUCUUAUAGGUACUAUUACAGUGGAGUCCAUUUUUACUGACAUUAGCGGGAUCCACAGAUUUCUUUCGAUUUAGCCGUGUUUUCGGUUGAGAGGGGGAAAAAAAAAUUGAGAUUCUAUUUUUUUUUUUCGGUUUAUCACUGUUUUCAGGUUGACCUUGGUCUAUGUAAGUGGAUUCCUCUGUACAAUUUUCUCUAUCCAACAAAUUAAACAAUUGAUUUUUGUGCGCAAAAACGCAAAUUUAUCUUUCAGAUGUCCUUGGCAGCUACAUUAAAAAAUUAUGCGAAAUCCAUGUCAGGUAUGGCCAUGGUUUUGAGAAUUUUGAAGAAAAGAAGUGUAGUUCUAAUUGAUUUUAUUUGGGUAUAAAAACGACUCAGUUGUACUAAAGGAGGUAGUUACUUACACUGCUAGGGUUUUCUUUGGAUACGUUUUUGGUCCACUUUUUACUGUGUCCUGUGGUUUCACAUUCCACCAUGUUUUAAGGUAUAGUAAUAUUAUAUAAGCAUGUAACUAGUGACAUGGUAGAAAAUACUUUUAAUGCCUUACAUCUGAUGUGACUGCUUGUGAAAACAUGCAUAGAUUUCAUCCAUCUGAAAGUAAUAGGGUCUCUAUUUCAUUGUAAACUUAACAUAGACUUACUUAAGAGGAGACGCACACUCCCAGAAAAAUGUUCUAAACGAAUGACUUUUAUUCACUUUCAUGUAAUUUUGCAAGAAGUUCAUAGGUAAUACCGUAAAUAGGAUGUACUUAGGGUGAAUUUGUUAAAUUUUUCUGAAAAAUGGGUCUCUGUGGCAGCCAUCUUGGAUUUUCAAACCAUUUUCUUAGUGCAGAAGAAUUUCAUAGUAAAUAUUGAAUUAUAAGCCUGAAAUUUGGCACACAAGCACAAACCUAUAUGAACUGGGGAUCCAUGUGAGGAUUUUAACCUAUCUUUAAAACUAAAAAAGUGAGCCCAAAGUCAUUGGACCCCCGAGAGUCAGUUGAUGAAAUUUUGAGGUACAUAUUACAAAAAAUUUGAAUAUUUCCACAAGUUACCAAUACUUCCCAAUUCCCUCAUAUAGAUCCCCAGAAUAGAUCUUAAAGCACCUGUACGCCAAAUUUGAAACUUCUAGCUUCCGUAAUUUUUGAAAACUCCUUGCACCAAGGAGGUCACAUAUGUCAAAAAGUAGAUU